UCCUCCCUUCGAAUCUGGGAGGGUGGAACCCCAGCUCCAGCUAUGGACGAGCCCCCAGGGAGCCCAACUUGAUAUUUUUUCAUGGGGCCCAAAAUCUCUGGCAGCCCCCCUGGGGCUGGGGAAGUAAAAGGACACAGGGCAUAAGCAGACACAUGAGGGGAACGCAGAGGAAGAACAGGUGGGGCUGGGGACCAAGGGGACACAGAACAUGUCAUUAAUAACAAAUUUGGUGAUUUUUUUCACUAUUUUCUUAUUUAAAAAAAUAGACAGAACUUUUAAAAAUUAAAAUCAUAAUAACAAGGAACUGAAAAUUAAACGUAGAUAUACUGUAGCCAAACGUAAUUUACAACUUUUGAUUAUUUUUUAAAUCUUUGUGACGUUUGUCGAUAUGGUGCGAGUUAAUUUCCGCUCCGCCAGGGGGCGCGAUAGUCUUUAAACAUCUCCUGAAACAGGGCUCUUCAAUUCAGCUUCUCUUCCGGGUUUGUCACAUUGUCAAACAUGGCGGUCUCCAUGCUGUGCUGUUUAUGGCAGUGUGGCUCUCGCAGCUUCCUCCAAAGAGCGCGUGUUUCUUUUGCAUUCCACUCUAAAUUUCACAGUUCUCCUCCUGCACACACUGAACUGCUCUUAUCUUUACAUAACCGCGGUAUUUUAAAGGAGUCGUUCCCAGAAAGCGCCGCGCAGGACCAGAUCCCCCAGCUGCUUCAGUCCGGCUCUCAGACCGUUUACUGCGGCUUCGACCCCACCGCCGACAGUCUCCAUGUGGGAAACCUGCUCGCUAUCAUUGGCCUGUUACACUUCCGAAGCGCCGGGCAUCACGUCAUUGCUGUGAUCGGAGGGGCGACGGCACAAAUUGGAGACCCAAGCGGGAAAACAACAGAGCGCGAGCCGCUCUCCGCGGAGCUCGCGGAGGAAAACACCCACAGCAUCCGGGAGAGCAUACAGAGGAUUUUCACGAACCACGAAAUGCACUUUCACCACAGCUCCAGGAAGCUGGGAACCGUAACCGUGUUGAACAACCUGAGCUGGUAUAAAAGCCGCGGUGUGGUGGACUUCCUCUCCGAGGCCGGAAGGCACUUCAGGAUGGGGACAAUGCUCAGCCGCCACAGCGUGCAGGCCCGGCUGAAGAGCGCAGACGGUAUGAGCCUGACGGAGUUCACCUACCAGGUGUUCCAAGCUUAUGACUUCUACCACCUGAACCAGAUAUACGGCUGCAAGAUUCAGCUCGGAGGCAGCGACCAGCUGGGCAAUUUGAUGUCUGGCCACGAGUACAUUCACAAGGUGAGCGGUGAGAAGGUGUAUGGCCUAACCAUCCCGCUGGUCACCAGCUACGUCGGGGACAAGCUGGGGAAAACUGCAGGAAACGCCGUGUGGCUGAACAGGGACAAGACCUCCUCAUUUGAACUCUACCAGUUCUUCCUCAGACAGCCUGAUGCCAGCGUGGAGGGCUAUCUGAAGUUGUUCACCUUUCUGCCUCUGGCUGAGGUAGAGAAGCUGAUGGAACAGCAGAGAGAGCAUCCAAGUAAGCGCCUUGCCCACAAGCGACUGGCUGCAGAAGUGACAAAAUUGGUGCAUGGAAAAGAGGGCCUGGAGAGUGCCAAGAGAUGCACUAAUGCGUUGUAUAACAAUAACGUGGAGGCCUUGCAGGAAAUGACUGAUGAGGAGCUUCAGGAACUUUUCAGAGAUGCUCCUUUUCAUGAGCUGCUUUUGGAGCCAGGGACCACCGUGAUUGAUGCAUGUCGCAAAAUCAGUGCCAUCCCUGAUGGGCCCAAAGGGUAUCGGAUGGUUUCAGAGGGGGCAAUCUCGAUUAACCACAAACGGGCUGACCAUCCAGAGCAGGUGCUGAUCCCCAAAGUCCACAUCCUGACUAAUGGACUCACGCUGCUCAAAGUAGGAAAAAGGAAUUUCUACAUCAUCAAGUGGCUCGGCCUCUGACACUCCCUGAUUGAGAAUGAAGGCACUAAACUAAACUGUAAUGACUGAUGACGAAGGUAGGCAGCAAUACUUUGGCAGUCAGUGAGAAGAUUUUGAUGGACUUUUACUUUAUAAGUAUUUGUUUUUAUGGACAUAUAAAUAUGUAAAUGCAUAGCUGUGAUGCUUAUUUAAAAGUGUGGUAUUAAAGUAUUUGAUAAGA